CUGGCAGGGGGAGGGAAGAGGCCGCAGAAGCCCGAGUCUUGACCGACGGGCAGGCGGGGGCUGCGGCGGCGCCGACGUCCCAUUGCACCGGAACCCCCAGAGCGCUCCUCUGCUCCAGAUCCCCCCCUUCUUGCUGCAUCUUCUCUUCAGCAUCUCUUAUCCCCAGUAUCCCCUUGCUUCUUAGACCCCCCGAGACACCCCCAUUCUCCCUCCAUUUCUCAUUCUCCUAUGCCCCCAUUCUCCUCUAACUCCUGCAGACACCCUGCUCUUCCGCUUUUCCUCAUUUCCCUCCACUCCCCCAGACCCUCCCCCAAUUUCCAUCAACUCCCAGGCCUGGCACUUUGCGCCGCGCCGGGCAUGAGCUGAGCGCUCAGCGGGUGUCUCUGACUGCCCCCCAUGGCCAGUCGCCCCGGUCCGCCCUCCGCCCCCGCCCCUAUCCCGGGGGACCUACAAGCCGGUGUCUGGGCGGCCGGGGUGGGGCGGGCGGCGCGGAGCCGCUGAACCCCUGCCAGCGCCGUGCGCCCUGUGCCCGCAGCGCCGGCGCCCCCCAUGCGCCAGGCAGCCGGACGACGGCGUCGGGGGGCGCCAUGGCCUCGGCGGCGGCGGGCGAAGCGGAAGAGACCACCCGGCUGCGCAAGCCGCGGUUCUCGUUCGAAGAGAACCAGAUCCUGAUCCGUGAGGUGCGCGCCCACUACCCGCAGCUCUACGGCGCUCAGAGCCGUCGGGUGAGCGUGGCGGAGCGGCGGCGUGUGUGGGACGGCAUCGCCGCCAAGAUCAACGGCAUCACCAGCUGGAAGCGCACUGGCCAGGAGGUGCAGAAGCGCUGGAACGACUUCAAGCGCCGCACCAAGGAGAAGCUGGCUCGCGUGCCGCACUCCACUCAGGGUGCCGGGCCGGCCGCCGAGGACGCCUUCUCCGCCGAGGAGGAGACCAUUUUUGCCAUCCUGGGGCCCAGUGUGUCGGCGCCAGGAGCUGGUGCAGGGGCCGAGCAGCCCCCCGGGGCCGCCUCCUCACAGCCGCCGGCCCCAAGCACCUGUGCCCAACGCUAUGUGCUGUCUGAGGACCGCAGGGAGGAUAAGCGGGCAGAUACACCAGCCCACAGCAAGGGGGGCUCCAGCAGCCCCGAGCCUUGGGCCAGGUCCCCCUGCAAUCCCCAGGAAGGGGGCUGCCAGCCACCCAAGGAGCGUGAGUCCUCGCCCCCUCCAGCCCUGCAGACCGUCCAGCUGCCCCGCCUGGCCUUGUCUCCACCACCCCCAGCCCCUCCUCCACCGCCGCCACGGCCACCCCCACUCCAGCCACCACAGCAGGUUCCAGUGGCACCCUCACCCCCUAGCCCCCCACCCCCUGCACUGCCUGCACCACCCUCUGCCCCAGACCCUUCCCUGGACUUCCUGCGGGCCCAGCAGGAGACUGCCAACGCCAUCCGGGAGCUGGCCGGCACCCUCCGGCAGGGACUGGCCAAGCUCAGCGAGGCCCUGAGCGCCCUGCUGCCCCUUCUGCCUGGAACCCCAGUUGACCCACUGCCCCCACCUCUGCCCCCACCCCCACCCCCUCCUCUACCUCCGAGGCCCGUCCCGCCCCCACCCUCCCCUAAGGUGGAGGUGACUCCAGAGCCUGUGUCCGUGGUGGCUGCUGUCGUGGACGGGGCUGUGGUGGCAGCCAGGGGGGUGAUCAUUGCCCCUAGGAGUGAGGAGGGGGCCCCCCGGCCCCCCCAAACCCCCCUCCAUCCCCAUGACUCUCCCCCACACAAGAGAAGGAAAAGUUUCCCCACACGGAAGAGGCGGGGGCGAUGGAAAUCUCCGUGAGAACCACCCCCCCCAGAGGGGUUCUAGCUUGUCUGGCUCCUUCUGCCUGCCCCCCCCUGCCCCCCGCUUGGCCCAGUGGAGGAGGAGCUGCACCUUCCCCAUCCCAGCUGCACUCUGGCUCCCUGCUGCAGGGGCACAAGCACCCCACUUCCCUGUUCUAGUUAGUGCCUGAUUCUGGGGCAGAAAGGCUCCCUGAUGGGCCCCCCAGCCCUUUCUCUGGUACAGCGCUGUCUGCCUGGCUGCUUCCCUUAACCCCAACUUCUAAGCCAUCGAUUCGAUGUUAUUUAUUACUGCCCUAGGUGGGUUGCGGAGGGAACCUGCACAUCCCCCCUCCCCUAACAACUCCUGGCCUUGACUUGAACAGAAUUGACCCUUGGGGCCCCCCACCUCCCCAUCCCAGCCUUUGGAGGGGGCGGGGGUCAUGAGACAAAUCAGAAUAGGGAUGGAUGGAGAGGAUACUGCAGUCUGUACCCUAGGGAGAGGGGGUGGAGUUCUGGUUGGGGAGGUGUAGGUUGAAUCUUCUGCCUCUCACUGCAGUCUCUGACCUCCAGAGCUCAACCCCUUCCGUUCUCCCCAGUGGUGACAAAACAUCAAUAAACUUAUUUUUAAUACAAUCA